AUGCCACCUGAUGUGGAGGAGAAGAUAGUAGACGAAAGUCCUGGCAAGAAAAAGAAAGUUCCAAAACCUCUUGUUAUUCCGGAUGAAAUUAGCUCACGAUUCGGAGAACCGAGUACCCUUCUCUCUGAGACCAAUAUCACAACAAAAAUCACCGCUAGAGAGGGUAGUGCCGAAGCUGUUUCACCUCUCAAACAACCUCAAUCAGCAAGUAUCACAAUGAAAGUAGACAGCGCCAGUAAAAUACUCUCGAGAGGCGGCACUCCUGAUAGUGAUGCGGUUGAGUUCACGUUCAAACGGCGUUCAGAAACUCCAGAGUUGAUCAAAGAGGAACCUUCAACGAAACUCAAGGUGCCGCUCAAAGGCAAGGACAAAUCCGGUCUUCCACCUAAACCAGAACAGGAAGGUGAGGCUAGAAAACCGUCAAAGGACAUCAAGAAAGAAGACAUACCCGAAGAUUCCAAGCAGAAGGAAGAGGUCACGGACACGCAAGAAAGAGAAGCUGACUUAAAAGAUAAGCCAUCGGAGGACGAUGUUUCAGCAGAAGUUACUCUGGAGAUGAUUCCAGAUGUAGUGGAAAGAAUUUUGCUCGAGGAAGAGACUCUAAGCAGUCGAUCUUCUAGAAGGUCGUCUGGAACUUCCAGUAUUGAGAGUUACACCGUUUCCAGGCGUAAAAUGAGGAAAGAUGGUUUCGUAUCAACACCGGGAGCAGAAGUGUUGGCACUGCGGGGCGAUACCGUGCGUUUCGAAUGCGAACUGGUGGAUGAGAACGAUGAGGUGGAGUGGCUCAUCAAUGGUAAGCCAUUUACGACUGAGCCAAGAAGUAAGAAGGAGUCCAGUGGACCUAUCAGGACACUGAUAAUAACGGACCUUAAACCAGAAGACACAGGAAUGAUGGUGGAGGUUCGUUUGGGAGUUAAUGGUGCAACGUCAAGAAUUACAGUGGAAGAAACAUUCGCCGAAAUUACAAAACGCUUGGAACGCAGAACAGUUGGCAAGGAGAACGAGCCUGUCAUUCUGGCUAUUGAACUGGACCACGCUCCAAAGGACGUCAAGUGGACCAAGGAUGAUAAGGUAGUGACGGACUCGGAAAAAUACGAGAUCACAUCAGAUGGAACCUCUUGUCGGCUCACAAUCAAAAAUGCUGAUUUCGAUGAUGCAGGGCAGUAUGUUGUCGAGGCUGAUGGAUCCAAAUCCUACACGAAUCUUAUUAUUUCUGGAAAACCAAGAAUAAAGCCAAGUGCUAAGGAAUUGAUAGAGGUUGAAAGGGGUGAGAGUGUUAUUCUGAGUGUUGGAUUUGAAUGCCAAGAUGAUGUGAACGCUACGUGCUUCCUAAAUGGAAAUCUGCUGCGAGAAGAUGCAAAGACCCAUGUGGAUGUUCUGGAAAACCUCGUGAAGUUCUGCAAACGACAAGUGACGAAAGCCGAUUCUGGAGAGUACACAAUAAAGCUGUCAAACGAACUCGGAGAAGCUUCGGAAGUGUUCACCGUCAAAGUCAAAGAUGUACCUGGACCUCCUGCAAACGUCUGCGUCAAUGAGAUAGAUAGUGACUCCGUUUCAAUAAGUUGGGAAAAGCCACUGGAUGACGGUGGACAACCCAUAACGGGAUACUUGAUCGAAAAGAAGGAAGAAGGCCGUAGAACGUUCCAUAAAGUUGCUCAUGUUUCCGGUGCCAAGACUUCUUAUACCGUGGAAGAUCUCGAGAUGCUAACCAGUUACAAACUGAGGGUAUCUGCGGUUAACAAAUACGGCAAUGGAGAACCAUGCGAAUCUGCAGUGGUCACCACAGGCACCUCUUUCAAAGCUCCACAAAUCACUGAGCAACCUAUCAUUUCCGACGUUAGUGACAGCACUUGUGUACUGAAAUGGAAUAAACCUACAGAAGACGGCGAAUCACCCAUAUAUGGCUACGACGUCUACGUUCGGGAGAACGGCGGUGAAUGGAUGAAGAUGAACAGCGAUCUGGUCUUCGCCAAUCGCUACGUAGUGGAAGAUUUGCGCCCUGACAUCAGCUACGAGUUCAAGGUAGAAGCGGUAAAUGAAGCUGGUCUGACGUCAAGCUCGAACCUGGCGUCGGAAACACUGCUUAUUGCACCUAACCUUGAAGCGGUAAAUGAAGCUGGUCUGACGUCAAGCUCGAACCUGGCGUCGGAAACACUGCUUAUUGCACCUAACCUUGGUACGUUUCAAUCAUUUUGCGAGGCAUCGCAAGAACGCCUUUGGAAGAUCUCUGUAAAAGCUAGAACAUCCCGUGCAGGUCGUCCCUCUGCGAUCCUUGACAUUCCACGAGUUGCCAUCACGGGUGAGAACAGUAUCACUGUGGAAUGGGAUGGAUGUGAUGAGGAACCAGCGGCCGAAUACACCGUCGCUUACAAAUCCGAAGGAUCAUCGAUUUGGACUGAGGUCAACUGCCAGUCGAACACUUGCGCAGUCACAGAUCUGAAGGAGGGAGUGUCCUAUGUGUUUAAAGUUGCUCUCCGAAACGAAGGAGGUACUGGAGAGUUCUCCGAAGAAACUGAACCUGUCAAAGUUACUCCCAAAGUUCCUCCAAUCAUCACUAAACCGAUCCGAUCCGCUACCAUUCCAAAGAAACGCGCAUUGCAACUUGAAUGCCAUGCAACUGCUGAGCCCUCUCCCGAAUACAUCUGGUACAAGGAUGGAAAAGAAAUCAUUCCUCAGAACGCAAAUACUGAGGGGCACGAUGAACCAGAUGGUGCUCGUGAGAGCCUCACUAGGAUGCCUGAUAUUAUCAAUGAAGGCUACAUGAGCCUUCUCAUAAUUCACAGCGUAGACACUAGUGACGCAGGAUCGUACGCUUGUGAAGUAGAGAACCCACACGGAUCAGCGCAGUGCUCUGCAACAGUCACCGUAACAGAUGUGCGAUGCCAUUUCGAGUCGUCCUUCUCGGAAUACAUCGAGGUUAUCGAAGGACAAGACAUCGAGCUUUGUUGUACCCUGUCCGAUGAAGAUGGUGUGGUUGUUUGGUACAAGGACGGUAAGGCGCUCCAAGAAGACGAUCGCAUUCUUAUCUCAUCUGAUGGUACGAAACGGAAGUUCAAAAUAUUGGCCGUCAGAGACACCGAUAAAGGAACAUAUCGCUGUGAAACUUCUGAUGGAAGAAGCAGAACCGAAGGGGAACUGAUGGUAAAAGAAGAAGAACCCCACAUUAGCGUUGGUCCACAAGAUCUCACAGUCAACAAGUUUGGAACCGAUGCGAAGCUUCACUGCGAGUUCACAAGACCACCCCACAAAGUGUUGUGGUAUAAGAAUGGGCAGGAAAUUUGGCCACAGGCCAACAAGUAUGCUAUGACCACCUCGGGAAAUACUUCGACUCUUGAGAUUCGUAACAUUGAGAAGAACGACAUCGGGGAGUAUUGUGCUGCUCUGAGCGAAAAAGAAGUUUCUGCUCCCAGCCCAGCUCAAGCUCGAAGUGGCCCCUGA